AUGGGUGUGAACAUUGAAUUCACUAGCACCCCUUUUCAGGCUGUUGUUCCAUGUGAAAAUACAUUCUCCAAAGCUGAAUCAGAGGCAAUUGACCUGGAGGUGCAUAAACUCCUAAAAAAGGGUGUAAUUAGCCAGGCCCUACAUGAGCCUGGGGAAUUCAUUUCACGAAUCUUUAUACGUCCCAAAAAAGAUGGGACAUAUCGAUUGAUCUUGAACCUUAAGAAACUUAAUAAUUUUGUAAAAUAUCACCAUUUUAAAAUGGAAACUAUACAUACGGCAACUCAACUUAUGAAGAAAAAUUGUUGCAUGGCAUCCAUUGACUUACGGGAUGCAUAUUAUUCUGUGCCAGUGUGUAAAGAUCACCAAAAAUAUCUAAAAUUCUCUUGGAGAAAUGUACUGUAUAGGUUUACUUGCUUGCCUAAUGGCCUGGCCUCUGCCCCAAGGAUAUUUACCAAGUUACUUAAACCUGUAUACGCUACCUUGCGUUCUCAGGGGCAUGUAUCCUUUGGGUACAUAGAUGACUCCUACCUACAAGGAGACUCAGUCAAGGAGUGUAAAACAAAUAUAGAUAAUACAGUAAAGUUGUUCGAACUCUUAGGGUUUACUACCCAUGAUGAGAAAUCUGUGCUCCUUCCAACUCAUCAGCUAACCCUUUUAGGAUUCUUAUUGAAUUCAAUAGACAUGACCAUUUCACUAAGCCCUGAAAGGGUCAAAAAGCUUAAAACGGCUUGUACCAAGCUGAUGGGGAAAGAAAACCCAACUAUUCAGGAUGUUGCCCAUGUUGUUGGCCUCAUGGUUGCUUCGUUUCCAGGAAACACUUUUGGGCCAUUGUUUUAUCGGGCACUUGAUACCCUAAAAACUGAAGCUCUAAGAACCAACAAAGGUUCUUUUGCAGCAAAGGUUCAAAUACCUAGUCAUGUCCUGAAUGAUUUGCAAUGGUGGGUAGAUAAUAUUGAGCACAUACGUAGACCAAUUUCGCAUGGUACACCAUGCUACAUUAUGCAAACUGAUGCCUCAACUUUGGGUUGGGGUGCCCACCUUCAAGGGAAGCGAACUGGGGGGCAAUGGGCUGAGGAAGAAGCCAAAGCUCACAUUAACUGCCUUGAGAUGAAGGCAGCUCUUUUGGCAUUACAAUCUUUUUCCACAACCCUGUCAGGAACACAUGUGCGGCUAGAACUUGAUAAUACCACUGCAGUAUCAUACAUCAAUUGCAUGGGUGGUAGCCGGUCAAAAGAGUGUAAUACUCUGGCAAGACAAAUAUGGUUGUGGUGCAUUGAGAAUAAGAUAUGGGUUUCAGCUACCCAUAUUCCAGGCUCAACAAAUGUCGAAGCAGACCAUGAGUCACGUGUUUUUCAUGACAACACAGAGUGGGCACUCAGACCUACUAUGUUUCAGCAUCUAUGUGAAAAAUUUUUUAUUCCACAAAUUGAUCUUUUUGCAUCCAGGCUAAAUCACAAAGUCCACUCUUAUGUUGCCUGGAGGCCAGACCCUCAAGCAGUAGCAAUAGAUGCUUUCACAAUCAGUUGGACUAAAUUGUUGUUUUAUGCCUUUCCACCAUUUAGUUUGAUCACACGAGUCCUCCAGAAAAUCAGAGAGGACUCAGCAGAGGGGUUUCUUGUGGUUCCUCUUUGGGAAACACAGCCAUGGUUUCCUCUGUUAGUAAAGAUGUUGGUUGCUCAUCCUCUAAUACUACCACAGAGCAACAAUCUGCUAUACUUGCCAUACAAAAUCGAGAAACUGCAUCCCCUACACAAGAGACUUCAACUGGUUGCUUGCCACUUAUCAGGAAAUCAUUACAGAGCCUUGGCUUUUCAGAGCCUGCAACCAACAUUAUUACCCACUCCUGGCGUGGAGGUACUCAAAAACAGUACAAGACAUACCUCCAGCGGUGGAUUCAAUUCUGUGGUAAACGGAAAGUUAAUGCAGUUUCACCAACUGUCAAUACCGUUAUUGAGUUUUUAACCAUGUUAUAUGAUGGUCUACAAUAUAGUGCACUAAAUACAGCACGUUCAGCUAUUUCUACGGUGGUUACAUUAGCUGCGGAAGUACCGAUUGGUAAACAUCCGUUGGUCACAAGAUUCAUGAGAGGGGUGUUCCAGCUACGCCCUGCCUUGCCACGUUAUUCAGAGACAUGGAAUGUUGGUGUUGUUAUCAAAUAUCUGAGUAAUAUGGAACCAACGGCUGAACUAACAAUGGAAAACUUAACAAAGAAACUUACUAUGCUCUUAGCUUUGCUUAGUGGUCAUAGGACACAGACUCUUACCAAGCUGAACAUUGACUUUAUGGCACUAACAAGUGAGAAGUGUUCUUUUAUCAUUCCUGGUCUAUUAAAGCAUACAAGACCUGGUUCACAUCAAAAACCGAUAGUGAUCAAUGCCUAUCCAAAUGACAAAAGGCUGUGUACUGUGUCUAUACUAGGGACAUACCUCGAGAAAACCAAAUCUAUUCGUAACAAUGAAACACAGCUUUUACUUAGUUACCGGAAACCAUACAAGCGAGUUUCAAGAGACACAAUAAGUCGCUGGCUCAAAUGUGUAAUGCAGAAUGCUGGCAUUGAUACUGGUAAAUUUAAAUCACACAGUACAAGAUCGGCUUCGGUAUCUGCGGCAAAUCGAGCUGGUAUUCCUAUGGAUACUAUUCUAUCUGCAGCAGGGUGGUCCAAUACCAGAACCUUUGAUCAGUUCUAUAACAAGAACAUAACUGAACAAGGAUUAUUUGCUAGUGCUGUACUCGAUGUUGGUAUAGACACUUAA